AAUUUUGCCAUUAAGAUAAUGUCCGCCUUGGUUACUGCGCAUUUUCAGGAUGACGUUAUGUCACGGAAGUGACGCACGACGCUUCCUCCAAUCAGAGGUCGCAGCGGAUUAUUUCGAACAUCAACGUCCUGUGCGGAAUUGUGAUACCGAAGCUCAGAUAUGGCUCGGGAGCGGGUGGCGCAGAAGAAGUCUUUCCAGCAAAGUCUGGAUGAUAUCAAGGACAAAAUGAAGGAGAAAAGAAACAAGCGUCUGGCUAGCGCUUUAGCAGCUAGCCGUGGCCUGUCAAAGCUAAAGAACAAAAACACAGCUACAGUGAAGCCGUUUGUGCUGAAGAGCGUCCAGGUGAACAACAAAGCUCUUGCAUUGGCUCUGCAGACAGAGAAAGAGAAGGUACGGCAAGCACAAGGGGUCAUUCUGCAGCUGAAGAAAGAAAGACAGGCACUCUUCUUUCACCUGCUGAUGCUGAAGAAAACCCUGAGAGACCGGGGAGCCAUUGAAAAUGCUCAGAUUUCUCCUUUAAGUCCAUCUCAACCUCACCCUACUAAUCCUAGGCCAGUACACGUGGUUAACGCUGACAUUCAGGAUCAUCACCCAGAAGAACCCCAUGUGGAGCCAUCUGUUACUGCAGGCACUAUUGCUGUUUCUGGUUGUCGUGGUGACAGACAGGUUUCAUUGCCUCCCACAGUAGGAACAAGAAGAAAGAGGCGCUCCGAAAACGUACGUAGACGGAGUGCACGUUUUGACUCCGCUUUUGAAGAAAAGCGUGUCACGGAUGAGUUGGAACCCUCUGAAGAGAAACAAGAAGACUUUAUUGACAACAAACAAAUGGCAAGGCUUAGCGCUCCAUUGGAGGAUGUUUGUAACGAAGAGGCGGAACAAAAAUUGCCUGAACAGAAAACGGAGCAGAACUCUAAGGCCUGUGUGCCUGACAGUCUUAACAUGAAUGUAGACUCUGAGAUUUCUGAGCUUCCAGUGGUUCAGAAGAAACCCAAAAGGAAACCCGCCCAAGCAGGCCCUCGAAUCAAACCAGAGAGGGGGCGUAAACCAGACAGAGCCCCGUUGAAGAAGCCGUGGGAAAACACCAAACCAAGAGCUCGCUCCAAAAGCCGAGACCGCUCGCAGAGUCGUGCAAGAGUUGCUCCCGCACCUUCCGAUCGGCUCAACUCCUCAUUGGGUGGCAAUGACACAUUUGACUUUGACUGUGAGGAGGCAGUACAUCUAACACCUUUCAAAGCAGUCAACAAAGCUGUUGAAAAACCAUCACCGGGACCUUCGGUUACAGAGGAGGCCCAGCCCCAUCCUGUUGCGAUGGAGACCAACGACAGUUCCUCGGAAAGCGAGCCGGAUGCAGACGAUAGCCCGUACGUACCAAAGAGGAAAUCAAGAAAAGCUCGGAGUCCUCCACCCAGACGUGCUCGCUCCAAAAGACGCAGUGUUAACCGGGGGAAAGAAAAUAUCUCGCAUAAACGUGCCGAAAUUGAGCACACCGAACAACACAGGACUGAAAUUGCAGAUGCUGGCUUACAUCUAUCAGAUGCUCCUGAUACAGACUCUCUGCCCCCAGUAUCACCAGUCUGUGUUCUUCCAGAUGCAGGCCAAGAGAUCAGCCAAGCAGCACCUUUUGAAGUGGCGAUAGAGUCUCUGAUCCCUGUUACUCCUGGUGAAGAGGCAGAACUUAUGAUGAUUGACAGCCCAAUAUUUGAUUUUCCCAAGUGUCCUAUCAACUCAUCUGAUCAGGAGAAUAAAAUGCCUUUGGUGAUGAAUAAGGGCAGAAGAAAGGGUGGGCUGGUGGUUCGCUCAUUUCUGGGCAUAGGUUUGAGUGAUGUCACAAAUCUCUCCCCUGCAGCCUAUCAGAAUCCUGUAUCUGCUCAAAGCACCCCUCAAGACUCCACUCGUAAGCGCCGUUGCACGAGCACCGUCAACUACAAAGAGCCAUCCAUCAGCUCAAAACUUAGACGUGGGGACAAAUUCACAGACACCCAGUUCCUCCGGUCUCCUAUAUUUAAACAGAAGCCCACGUCCCGUCGAAGUUCAAUUAAAAAGAUGGAAAAGUACAACGAGUCUUUUGUGGGCUGUCGUUAAUUAGGUCAACUAAAUCAUUGUAAAAUAAUCUAUGACCAGCAUCAUUUCAUUUAAUGUGCUAUCUAACUAUUGCAUUAGUGUUUUAAAUGUCUGUAACUAAAUGUUUUUUUUUAAGUCUUAUGAAUUUGUGAAUAUUAAAAGUUUUGUCCAUUUUAAUCA